CUCCAUUUGUAAAUUAAGAACUCCAAAUAUCCAUACGGAUAUAUCCAAUCAGAUAAUGAAAAUCUCACCUGAGCGGGAACACGAUGAGAUUGAUUGUGCCGUUAGUCCCGUGAACAACAAAAGUUCAAAUUUGAUCCUUCAAAACGAACGAAAACUGAACGUCGGCAAUGCAGCGAAACAACCCGAACAAAACGAGGCUGAAAAUGGGGGAAAGUCUAAAUUUUCCCAGAUCAAAACUCUCACCGUUGACAUGGUUGGAUCCAUUUCACCUCAGCUUUUUGCACCCUCAAUUCUGAUGAAAAUCAUGUGGAUUCUUGUUUACUUGGCAUUUGUGUACAUUUUGGUUCUUCAGACCACAAUGACCAUGAUGGAAUUCAAUUCGCAUCCGGUGACCGUCUCGGUGUCGUUGAGAACCGACGCCUCCGAGCUCGAUUUUCCAGCGGUGACUAUUUGCAAUAACAACAUUGCUCGGAAAUCAUUCAUUUCCCGAAUCAAGUAUCUACAGGAUCUAGCAUGGCUCGACGACUAUUCCAGACAAUUGCUCAAAGGACGCGACUUUACUUCGAAUUAUGGAAACGCAAGUUGCGACCCGAAAACUCAGUUCGAAUGCAGCAACGCGAGGUGCAUUCCGAAAGCAUGGGUGUGCAAUGGGAGAUCUGAGUGUGGGGAUGAUUCCGACGAAGAUCUUCCAGCUGGCGACGACUGCGAGUCGUAUCCCCACCGAAAUCUAAACACGACUUGCGACGACGGAUUUGUUUUGUGUCCUGGUGAAGUGACAUGCGCGAUACCCUGCGACAACAUAGCGGAUUGUGUCGUGGACCGAGGCUUUGACGAGAGGAACGACAGCGGAUGUGACGAGUCGUGUGUUCGAGACAUAACAGCAUCGGAUCAAGUCCAAGUUUUGAGUCUGCCGAACUACCCUGGAAAUUAUUCCGUAGAUUUGAACUGUGAGUACACCCUAUAUGCACCCGUCGGUUUCCAGGUUCAAAUUGAAUUCAUUGCGUUCGAUAUCGAAUCAAGCAUUUCAUGCAGCAAAGACUGGGUUCAAGUUCUGGACUCAGAUGGCCAGCCGAUUCCAAAUGGUUACAAUGAAACCUUCUGUGGAAGUUUUGACUAUAGUGGUUUGAUGAAUCGCAGAACAACGUCUUCAGGGAGCUUUUUGUCAAUCAUUUUUAUUUCUGAUUCCACUGGAAAUUCAACUGGGUUCCAAAUUGAGUACCAGAAGACGAUAGCAAAACGAAGACGAAGAAGCUUCGGACCUGACACGACUCCGAGGCCGACCGACGUUCCCUUGCCGGAUCCGGAUACAACUAUCAACCCUGGCUCCAACUCAUACGAUUCCUCGUACUCAUCAUAUGGCUCAUCGAACUCCUAUGAUUCUUCUUAUGACUCAUCGAACUCCUAUGAUUCAUCGUAUGACUCAUCGAACUCUUAUGGUUCAUAUUCUGGCUCAUCCAACUCCUAUGAGUCAUCUUAUGACUCAUCGAGCUCCUAUGAUUCAUCGUAUGACUCAUCGAACUCAUAUGAGUCAUCAGAUGAUCCGCCUGACAGCGUCAGCUUCACACAGACUGGAAACGUUUUCGAAGACGUCGCUCUUAACGACUGGUACAGCGCAUUCCAGCAAUCCGCAAUGCCCGACUUCUCAGACUUCAAAGCGUUUCUAAACCUAAAAGCGUCUGAAAUAAUUGGAAAUGGGCACCAAAUUGAGGAUUUUAUUGUUCAAUGUGUAAUUGACGGACAGCUGUGCUCUUACAGUAACUUCAAAACAACUCAAUACGCCGAAUUUGGAAACUGUUUUAGUAUCAAUACCGUUGUUGACGUGGAUUCAAACCGAACUAACUUGGCGCCCUACCGAACGUCGAAAACCGGCACUGAAAAUGGUCUAAAGCUGUCUCUUUUUCUGGACAAAGAUGAAUACAUCGGAAUCAUUGGACAAAACUCCGGAGCAAGACUGACGAUUUCGAACCCAGAUGAGAGUCCUCCAAUCACCUCAAAGGGGAUAUUUCUAAGUGCAGGAGCUGCAACUGUGGUAAGCAUGGAACAGGAAACUGUUCUAAAAAAGGAGGCGCCUUACUCCAACUGUAUCGACACCUGGCCGGAGUUCCUGGAACUUAGAGAUGACUUCAAGAAGUACAGCUAUACGAGUGAGCACUGUAUAUAUCUCUGCCAGCAAAUCGCCAUCGCGAGGACUUGUAACUGCACCUUGUCAGCAAUGGAGUCGGAUUUCAGCUUGAACGAGCAAGUCGCGAAGUCCAUGCAAUACCAUUGCGAUUUGUUUAACAAUGCUCAAAACGAUUGUGUCAAAGAUGUCAAGGAAGAUUUCACCGUGAACAAAAGAACGUGUGAGUGUCCAUCGCCUUGCAAAGAUCGACGACUUCAGUUUGGCAUCUCGGCAACCGAAUGGCCAACAGAGGCAUACGCGACAUACUUUGUAUCGCUUCUAGAGCGAUCGCCGUCCAAAAGAGUCCAACUAUUCCUUGCGAGAGCCAAAGAAUUGUCGCGUGACGGACAAGAGAUUGAAUCAUUGAAGGAGAUUCUGAAAAAGAAUUUCGCAAGAGUCGAAGUCCAUUUCGGAACCCUGAAUUACUUCCAGAUUCAGGAGUCCCCGAAGUACACGAUCCAGGACUUGUGUGGAACCCUUGGAGGGAACUUAGGUCUAUGGCUCGGGUGGAGUAUCAUGGCCUUCUUCGAAGUGUUGCAAUGGGCAUACUUCUGUUUGCUGAUCGUCCUGAAAAAAUAG